ACCUAUUUCGUUGGCACAACAAAAACACAAAAUUCAGAAUUUUUUCAAACUUAUUUUAAAUCAAGAAAUCCAGAGAGAGAGAGAGAGAGAGAGAGUUCAUCUCCACCACCCAGCGAACGAUUCAACGGCAUUGUUUCCCGGCGAAACAAAGGCCCUCUCAUCUCUUUCAACCCCCAAACAAUUCCCUCUCUUUAGGGUUUUCUGUUCCAACAAGAAAGAAAAUUACUCCUUGUAGUAUACAAUUUUCCCUUUUGCAUUUUUUUCUUAGGGUUUGUUCUUGGUGUUUCGCUGGAAAACUUUGCAAAUUGUCGUUCAUUUUAAACAAAACAAGGUCGAAUUUUGUCAGAAGGUAACGAAAGAAAAGGAGAAAAGGGGAAUUCUUGAGUUCUUCGGUAAUCAGGUCUUCUGAAGGUAGAAGAAGAUCUGAAGAAAUAUGAGCGCAUCGAGGUUCAUAAAGUGCGUCACAGUCGGUGAUGGCGCUGUCGGAAAGACAUGUCUCUUGAUUUCUUACACCAGCAACACCUUCCCUACGGAUUAUGUUCCAACUGUAUUUGAUAACUUCAGUGCCAAUGUGGUUGUGAAUGGAAGCACAGUUAACCUAGGCUUGUGGGACACUGCUGGACAGGAGGAUUAUAACAGAUUAAGACCGUUGAGUUAUCGUGGGGCCGAUGUUUUCAUUUUGGCAUUCUCUCUCAUUAGCAAAGCCAGCUAUGAAAACGUCUCCAAAAAGUGGAUUCCUGAGUUGAAGCAUUAUGCUCCUGGCGUUCCAAUUGUUCUUGUUGGGACAAAACUUGAUCUUCGGGAUGAUAAGCAGUUUUUCGUGGAUCAUCCUAAUGCAACACCCAUUACUUCUGCUCAGGGAGAGGAGUUGAAGGAUACGAUUGGAGCUCCUGAGUACAUUGAAUGUAGUUCAAAAACACAGCUGAAUGUGAAGCAAGUUUUUGAUGCUGCCAUUAAAGUUGUUCUGGCGCCUCCAAAGGCGAAGAAGAAGAAGGGAAAAGGUCAAAAGGCGUGUUCCAUAUUGUGAUGAAGAAGAGAGAGAAAACUAGUUGACCAUGGCUUGUUCUUGGAUUUCAUUUUCAUAUAUGUUUGUUGAUUUGUAUUUUGAUUUUAUAAGCUCUCAAAAGUCAAAAGAUCUUAAUGUAGUAGUAAUCAUGUAGUUUGCUAUCGAAAGCUCUAUUUUUCUUGUUGUUUACUUCAGAUUCAUGCUAAUUUUCGGGUAUGGGUUUUUGGUUAAAUAUGAUAAAAGUAUAUAUGAUAUGAUGAAAGUUAAAAGUA